AUGGAAAACUUUAGUCUAGUAAAACCAAACAACUCAAAUGAUCUUAAAAACUUUGCUGAUAUGAUGGACAUUGCAGUCAUAAAUUUAAAAGAAUUAGGAAAAUUCGAAGAGUUAGCAGAUGGCUCACUCUACAUUAAACUUAUGAAGAAGUUACCAAAAACAAUGCUAAGUGUGUUUUUACGAUGGUUAUUUGAAAAGCAAAAAUGUCCUGGGGUGGAAUCGCUGAGAGAAUGGGUUAUUCAAGAAACUGAGGAACAAGCAAAGUUUCAUCAUCUAUGUUAUUGUUGUUUGGGUAAUGGUCAUGUUGGAAACAAAUGCGAGAAAUCAAGAAAAUGUGGAACCGAUGGUUGUCAGGAAGUUCAUAACAGACUAUUGCAUUUAAAGAAACAAACGAGAGAAAAAAGGGAAGAAACAACUCUUGUUACCAAGUUUUCAAGUAAAAAUCAAAUUCAAGAAGUGGCUAUGAGAACUUUACCUGUCAUUAUAACAAAUGGAAAGCUGUUGAUAAAAGUUAACGCUCUAUUGGAUGAUGCUAGUACCCAAACCUAUAUAAACAGUGAUGUAGCUGCAGAACUUGGAUUACAAGGAGUAAUGAAAGAAAUUAAGAUUAAUGUACUCAAUGGUAGAGUAGACACAUGCCGAUUGGGACAGCGACCGAUUGUAGAUAUUCUUAUUGGAUUGGAUAACGCUGACCUUCAUUCGUCGAAAGCAGAAGUUAAAGGACGCACUAGAGAUCUAAUAGCACGACUUACGGCACUGGGAUGGACAUGUGUUGGGGCGCUUGGACAAACGCAAGCUGAAAGUGUUGAAGAUAAAAAGGCCCUAGACCAAGCGGAAAAUUCGACAAAUUAUGUGGAUGGGCGAUAUCAAAUUGGCAUUCCUUGGAAAGAAGAUCCAAAAUUGUUGCCAAACAACUAUGAAAUGGCAGUAAAUCGGUUAAUAAGUACGGAAAAACGGCUUAAAAGAACACCGGAGGUGAUAGAAAUUUACAAAGAAACAAUACAAAACUACUUAACAAAAGGUUAUAUCAAAAAAGUAAGCAACAAUGAUUACAAAAAUCAAUGGAUCCUCCCACACUUCAGCGUUGUAAAGUUGGAAAAGGAAACUACAAAAGUCAGAACCGUUUUCGACGCUGCUGCAAAAUGCCAAGGUGUAACGCUUAAUGACAUCAUCUAUCAAGGGCCAAAACUGCAACUAGAUCUCUGUGCCGUUCUGUUGCGGUUCCAAAGAAACGCAGUCGCUUUGCUGGGUGAUAUCACAGAAAUAGUUGUAUUUGGUGUCAACUCCAGUCCUUUUCAAGCACAGUUUGUUAUACAAAAACAUGCAGAGAAAUAUAAAAAAAAGUUUCCACUGGCUGCGGAGACUGUUGAUAAGUUUACAUACAUGGAUGACAGUAUGGAUUCAGUUGAAACCGAAGAAAAAGCAAUUGAACUAUAUAAUCAACUUACACAACUGUGA